UAACUUAUUUCUGAAGUUAGUAUACUUUAUAGUUGACAGUUGCCUUUGAACCAUUUGUUAGCACAUGUAGCUACAUCCAUAUGGCUGAAGACCAAAGAGUCCAUCGUCACAUAUUGACAGAGUUAACUUGUAAAAAGCAACUGGAGUUUCCCCUCCCUCUCCCUCUCAAAGAAAUGAAAGUGAAACUAUUUAUAUCUGUGAAAUGACAGCGUAGCAGAAGGAUUUUAGCGCAAUGAGUGACGAUCAUUAUCAGUGGCAACUGCUGAACGGCAAUCAGUGGCUGAAAAUCGACAACGAUCAUGUGAUCGAGACUCACUACUGCCAGCCUGGAGCAAAGGGGAUCAGCAUCAACACAAGCCUCGGGGUAGUUUUUAUAGACUUCGAUGAGCUGAAGACUGAUAACCCAACACUGAGGGUGCAGAGACUGAGCUUUGUCCCUCAGGGUCAAGAAGAGGACAUCGGAUGGUACUUCAGAGACGACAGCCUGUGGUGUGAAUAUGGAUCACAGAGCUCCAACAUGUCAUCGUCGUCCAUCACCAGCAAAGACAUCGAGACUCAUUUCACUCAGAACCCUCAGGGAGUCAUUCAGUUCAGCGUUGGCUCGACCGGAUACUCACUGGAUUUUUCCACCAUGACCCAAACCAACGUCGCUACAGGCUUGCGCAGAAACGUGCGCAGGAGACCGAAAUUCACCUCAAGCCCUGCAAGCAUUAGCUACGCUUCAUCCCUCCCUCUGGCUUCACAAUCCCAGUUACACAAUCCCAGCUUCAAGUGGGAGUUUAUGGGAGAUGAGGGGCAGUGGACAGAAUACCAAGCACAUAUAUGUUCGCUUGACAGCGCUGCCAUUGAGAAGCAAUACCAGCUGAACCCACAGGGCCAGAUCCUCUUCAAUAUCAGAAACUUCUCAUACAAGCUGGAUUUUGCAAGAAUGUGUCAAAUUAAUAAUAAUAUUGGGACAAGACGAAGCGUGAAGCGGAUUCCGGACUACGGACCUCAGAAAAACAACAGCUCAGGUACAAAUGUCCAUUGGCAGUUCCAAGAUAUCGAUGGGACUUGGAAAGAUUAUUCCAAAAGUUAUCGUCAAUGCAGCGUCUCCAGUCCAGACAUUGAACUCCAGUACCAGCUGAACCAGUCAGGCAUUAUGACAUUUGCCACCGGCAGGUUCAGCUACGAGCUCAACUUCUCAGCCAUGACUCAGAGGAACCUGUCCACAAAUACCACCAGGUCGGUGAGACGACUUCUCCAGUGAUUGGGACGGAUUGUUCAGAGGGAGGAGAGAUAUUUGGACGUUUUCCUCAUAAGCCAUCUUGUUUCUAUCUUGUUUGGUGUUUACAGUACUGUUGACCUGAAUGAGGCUGAGAUGCUCAUAGGUUUUCAGUCCACUUUAGAGUUAAAAUUUGGGUUUACUUUCUGACAAGAUACAGAAUAUCUCUUAUCUAAAGUAUGUUCUCGUACAUCAUUCUGGGCUCCUACAGCUUUUCAUGUCAAAAUCCCAAAAU